AUGUCGAAAGAGGGGCCUUUUAACCUUCUUUUCGCGCUGGCUUUGAUAUAUGUGGCCGUUCUGGUGACAUUGAACUUCUGCCUCGGCUCCAGAGGGUCUUUGCGGUGGUUUUCGUGGAACUCGAUCAACGGGUUCAGGUACGAGACCCGUACUUUCCGGAUCGGUUUCCGCAAGCUGCAAUUUUUGUGGAGUCCGUUGGGGCUUUGGACGGGGGAUCCUGUGCUUGUGGUUGUGUUGAAAGAUGCUGUUGUUUCUCAGAAUGGCUCUUCAAAGUCCAAACCGUCGUCCCCAGAGCCCAAAAAAUCGCACAGCUCCAGUUACCUAAAGUACCUUGCCCGGUUUCCGGUGGUGCUGGAGGUGCAGAACCUAGCGUACCACGGCGUGGUAAACGUCGAGCUCGAAAGUAUCAAGGUCGAACUCAAGGCAAACCAGCUGCAUUUGUUCUCACACCAGAUCAAGCUCAACGGACAGCAAGUGGUGAGCAAAGUGCAUGCCGGAAUCAAGCUGGACACGUACAGUUUGACGUUGAGCGUGAAGGAUUCGACUCUGGACAUCGAACAGUUGCAGUCAGCAAUGCCCAAACGACAUAGCGUUGAAAAAACAACUUCCCAACCCCAAACUUCCUCAGGCCCUGUUUCGCUACCGUUUAAAAGAGUUUCUAUAGAAUGCGAGAACACCACGGUUCUUUUGCAGAAAAAGCACGUUGGUAUCGAGCGCGCGAUCUUUGCUGUUGGAAAACUCGACGAGGAGGAAGGUGCAAGCAUGAACUUUGGCGACCAGCAGAUCUACGAGAUUUUGCUUGGAGUUAGCAACGUCAAGGUGACAAAUUUGGAGUCCAAGAAACUCAUGGUGUAUUUACCGUUUCUGAACAUCUUCUCCCUCUGCAACCUCGAAGACCUUCUUCAGGUGCAGAAGAAGAAGAACGACCUCGAGUUUAUAGAGUCGUUUGCUGCUACCGACCGGUUCCUGCUCAAAACUACAGUUUCCGUGAGCAAUUUGGUGAUAAACGCAGAUAUUGACGAGCUUCUUGCGCAGAAGAAGCCAUCCAAGUCAGUUUCCAAACCACACGAGUCAGAAGGCUUGCCUGGAUAUCUUUCGAGUCUGCUACCAAAGUUCAAGAUCCGGUUCCAGCUGCUUGGAUCGGUUGUCAACCUGGCUUUGGCUCCAAAUUUGUCCUUAAAGACCAGAAUCGAGGACAUUGUGUUCGACACGUCACUGGCAAACACCUUCGACUCGCUCUUCAACAAGGUUUCCGGCUCUGUUCAUCGCAUGGUUGGGUUCCUUAUACGGAACAUCCAGUUCUCUUUUGUGGAGCCGGAAAAGAUCACCAACUGUUUCUAUCUGGAUUAUAUCAACACGACGGUUUCUUUCGGAGUGCGCGAUGCACGUAUUUUUGGCGAGACAGACAUUGACAUUGGCAUGAUCGAGAUCAUGCUCGUGGAGUUUGCAGCCAUUGAGAAACUGUAUGCAAAGAAACCACAGAUCGAAGAGUUGUUGGCCCGCAGAGCAGCCAGCAGCUCCGAAUCGCAACCAGCUGCAGAACCAGCUACAAAGCCAAGAUCGCUUAUUGACGUCUGCUCCAUAAAUCUGGGAGGUAUCCGGUUUGUUUCGUGUUUCCAGACUCCAAUAAAGUACUACGACGGAGUCGACCAGAGCGAGCUGAACAAGUAUAGACGAGGAGUUUACUUUGAGCUGAGCAAGGUCACCACGAAUUUAGAUUUCGUUGAAGGUAAAGUCGAUCUCCGCGUGCCACUUGUGGAGGCCUGUCUGAUCAGAGACUACGACAAGGAGCAGUACACGGGAAAACACGAGCGGUUCUUGCGGAUGGAGAAUUUCCAUCUGAAAUAUUUCACAGAUAAACACCAACUCUCGUGCGUGCUCCCAUUAUUUGACGGAGUUGUUUCCGCGGAGGUUUUGUGGUCCAUAUUGUUCAUCAAGGCAAUCUUGAUGUCCGUGGUGCCGAAGACGCCUUCCAAGCCUAAAAAGCCAAGCUCCAAGCCGCCGUUGAAGUAUCUCUUUGGACUCCACUUGCUGAUGCUCAAAGUGGAGCUUCCAAACGACAUUGAUCUAGUUUUCGAGCUCAACCAUUUUGAGACGUUGUCUACCAUUGAGGAUGACUGUCAUUUGCGGUUCAAAGCCUUAAGAAUGUACGGUAUUAGUCCGUAUGCUCCAGAAACAUGGAGUUUGAUUUUAAUUCUGGUGGAUACAAACACCACGUUGCGAAUCAAGUCUCAGGCCGAACACCUAGCCAUUGUGAACGCCCGCUCGAUCAGGUUUGAGAUUCCGUUCGAGUACGUCUUUUUCGAGACGUUUGACAACUUCCGUGCGCUGACCAAGGCGUUUACAAAGAUCGAGGUCAAUUUCCAACAUCUCAUGAACACCCCAGAAACCCAGACUGACUUCUCUGUGCCUGUGAUUAUGCCGAGUCUCGUGGACACGCCGCUGCGUUUUCCGAAGAUCAGAGUCAACACGCGGCAGUUCCAGUUCUGCAUGCAUGACGACCCGUUCGAAGCGCUGUUGAACGAAAGUUUCUUGCUGGGACACAUGGAGCAGAAGCUGCGACUCACCAAGAUGAGCGCUUUUGAGAAGUACGAGCAGGACGUUCGCGAAAAGCUCGAGGGCGAGUUCCCGGCACUGACGUUUGUGGACGGCGAGGCCGUGCAGCCGCAAAACUACCGAUCCAAGUCGACGCCGCGGUUCAACCACACCAAGACCAGUUCGCGGCUGGCCAACGAGGUUCUGGGCGACGACGUGGAGCAAUAUACGCAGUACUUGGCCAAAGUGAAGGAACUGAUCGAGCUUCCACGGCUGCGUUUGCUGAGCAAUAUCAGCAAAUCGUGGAUUGUCAGAGUCAAGGCCCAUCAACGAGUCAACGGAGCAGCACAUUACCAGCGACUCAGAGAAGUGAGAGGCGGCGAAGACCCGGCCAUUAGCAAAACCUUCACCGACAAGUACCCUGUGAUUGGCACAAACUCUGUUGCCGCGCUGUUUUCGUUCGAGUUGGCCAAUCUGCGCUGGGACUUUGACGAGCCCCAUUUCGGACUCGAAAAUUACAAGCAGUUCAUGCACACCGUUGGAAAAGGCAUGCCCUACGACAUGCGGUACGGUAUCUUUUUCCCUGUCAACCUGGACAUCUUCUGUUCGCGACUGACGGUGCAGAUCAAGGACUAUCCGAUUCCGUUCCUGUCGUUUGGCGGGGGCCAGGACGACGGCUCCAAUACGGUCCAUCUGAGCGGCGACUUUGUGGUUGCAGAACAAAUAUACGUCGAGGAAGAACUCAGGUACAACUUUGUGCCGCUUGUUUCGCAGUAUAAGGACCCCGACUGCACGGAUAACAUGUUUGCGGUGCACGUUUCCAGGACCAUGACCAACGUCAAGUUCUACACGGACAUGAAGGUUGACGUGCAGUCGAGCAAAAACGCCAUAGUUUCGUGGUAUCCCGGGUUGCAGCCGGCACUGGGCUACGCCAUGGACAGUUUUGACGUGCUUUCCAAGCCGCCGCUCGACCCAAGUCCCAAAGUCGGGUUCUGGGACAAGUUUGCGCUGCUGUUCCACGGCAAGUUCCAUUUCAGGUUCACCAACGGCAUCCAUCUUUUUAUGAAGAGCAAGACGUCGCCAUACGACCUGAUGGGUAAAGGAGGCGGUUUCAUUUUUCGCUGGAAUGACAAGGUGGACCUAACGAUCAACGAGACCGGCAAGUCGCAGGAGCUACUGAUUGUCAAUAGCAAAUCGUUCGACAUUGUUAUUCCGAGGUUUGGCUCUAAGAGUCUCACGUUCCUGCGUGAAGAUAGCAACCCGUACGAUCUAGACUACAGCAUUGAGAAGAUCGUCUGGAAACUCAACAGCGAACAGGUGAUCUGGAAGCUCGGAUUUCUAUUUGAGCGCAACGAGAGGUCCAAUAUCAAGUUUCUUCCAGGCCAGGUUCGCCGGAGCACGCAUUUCAAGCCGCAUUACGAGGUGCGGCUACGUAACCCGGCCACCUUCAAGAACGAGGAAGAACGCAACGCUUGGGACUGCUAUGACGGGUUCCGCAGCCAGUACUUGCACAUGUGUGUUUCACUAGACUCCAGCUCUCCUGGAAACACGAAAAACACUGUCCACCUGACUCCGUUGGUGUUUGCGCACUUUUUCGCCUGGUGGAACACGUUCCAGAGCAGUUUGGGCCUGCCGAUCAAGGCAGGAACCAUGUUCAAGAAUAAGUUCCUGGACUACCGUCCAUCAGAGGGAUUCGGUAGCCAUUUGUUCUCCAUCAGCUACACUUUGAACCUCAAGCCUGUGCAUCUGACACAUGUCUAUAUCCAUCCAACAGAUAUCCGUGCAAACAGUAACCUGGCCUUUACCGGGUUAAAAUGUUCUAUAGACAGCUUUGCUAUGGAUUUGCAUCAGGUCAAGGGUCCUACCAGCAAGAAGGAGAACCCUGACUAUAGCUUGGAGUUCAAGCAGGGAGAAGUCGACUUUGUCAAGACAGAUUUGCGGCUUUUGGUGGCAGAGUUCAACCAGCAGACCGCAAUGGGUAUGCUAGCCCACGAGAUCGGUAUCACAGAGUCUAGCUCUUUGAUGGCCGCUUCGAACUCGUCCAUGAGUGAACGUGGAGAGUCCGAGGACCAGGGAUGGCUCGAUAUGGACGAUUUCGUCGAGGUGGAUACUCCACGAAUCACGGCUAAGAAUCCGAAAUGGCGAGCCAUUCCAUUAGCUUUUUCGCCGCGGUUCUGCUAUUUCCUCGAUGAGAAGGAAUCGGACCUGCCGUAUCCGUUCUCAGACAUCCAGGAACGCACUCACCGCUGUUUCCUGGGCAAUAACCAUCCGGAACGCACUCCGUUUGCUGCUACCAACCAGCGGGUGGACGAGCUCAAGGACCAGAUCAAAACGUCGCAGACGUCGUUGGAGUCGCUCGACAGCGGCAGCAACCAGAGCGAGUACGUCAAGAAGCGCGCCGAGGAGCUCAAACAGGAGCUCAAGCUGCUCAACACCCGGCUGCACGUGACCAGGUGUUUGCGGGACAGUUUCGAGGACGGCGAGAUUCCGGACUACGACGAGUUCCGCGACGAGACAGAGACCUCCGACGUGGAGACGACGUACUCUGUUUCACGGGCCACGUCGCGCAUUUCGCGUCGGUCGUCCACGCCGACCGUGAAGAGUGCAAUUCCCACGCCGGAACAGGUGUCGUCUUUCCGCAACCGCUUCAUCAUCUACCAUGUUGUUUUUCGGUGGAGUGCGCACACCAAGCGGCGGUUUUCGAGCUAUAUUGACAAUGUUGCUGAUAGACGGUCGCUGUUGUUCAAUCUGAGUCGAAACGCGGUGAGAUUGGCCGAGGAACUGGCUGAGAGCCAGCCUGGCGACCGCAAGUUCUCCAGCUGCGACGAUCAAGAUCCAUUUGACGUCAAUGACACUCGCGUGGCCUUUUCGGACUUCACCACCAAGCUGCGCGAGAACGAGGACUUGGAAAACGUUCAGCUCGACGACACUUACUUGUUGAAGUUCAUUCUGCCACAGCUGUGCUUCGAGACAGACUCCAAGAGCGCUGUUCUUGUGACAUCGAAAGAACUGAUGGUGAGCUCGAUAUCCGUGGAUUACCUCGAGUCUGAGGACGAGGAGCCGGUCAACAUGGAGUCACGGAGUGGUAUUAUUUUGCAGGAUGCUUUCUUCUACGUUUUUGACCGCGAAAAGGCCCUAAACGGCCAUUACAAAUUGUUUACGGCCAACAUGUCGUGGCCACCUCGGUUGCCCGUGGAGAUGUACUACUGUCCGCACCUGCUGAUGGACUCGAUAGUGAUCUGGAACGCGUCGUUGGCGGUGAUUUUGAACCGACCCAACAAACUGCAGGCCGUCAAGUUCGGCAAGUGCAAUGCUACCAAAUUCAAGGAGAAAAUUAGAGUAAUGAUUCCGGACGUGGUGCUGACCGCCAAUAGCGAGCAAUACAACGUGAUCUACAGCCUCGUGAUGGGAUUCAUGGACACCAGCAUGACAGAGAAGCAGAAAGUCAAGGACAAGGUGAAGAGUCUGGUGCGUUUCACGGACGGCGAGGAUUUUUCAACAAUCCGGGCCCGGAUGAUUACUCUGCAGAUGCGCGCGUGGAUGCUGCUUGAUUGCAAGAAAGUAAUGCUCAUGAUGGAGUCUGCGAACUGUGCGGAAAGCCACACGCUCCGUGUUGAUGUCGAAUUGGAGAAGAUCUACAUGGAGCUGUCGAUUUUGGUUUCGUAUUUGCAGCACACCAAGGCUCUCAAACACAACGACUCUUACGACAAAAGACAGUGGGUCCUUGCCGCCGAGCACAUUCGUCUGGAGCUACUGGACGGUGAUAACAAGAAGUUUGUGGUUGUGGAGGCCGAUACCACGUUCUACACGACAGAACAGCGUCCGGACGGAGCAAGCCGCAGCCAGGUUCGUAUCCAGGACUUCAUAGCCGAGGACAUGCAGCCGCACUCGAUGUACAAGACGAUUGUCGAGAAGUACGGCAAGCAUAGGUAUACCGAUACGCCAAUGGUGUUUGUUGAUUGGAAGAUGCUAGAAGCUGUGGGAGGUAUUCCUGUGGUGGAACACAAGUCUGUCACAUUUGCUCCGCUGAAAAUCGAGCUGGACGUGAAAACAGCAAGACAGAUCUACCAGUUUGUGUAUCCGAAACCUGUUUCUGACGACAGUUCCGAGUCGAGCGACGAUGACGAGUCGAUCAUGGACUCGCCGUUAUCCGAUGGACCCUCAUCUCCGACCAGCAUGGACUCUGCCAGCUCGAUUAUCUCGGAGCCGAGCGAAAAUAAUGGUGGCAGCAAAUUGAAACGGGUGAGUCGACUUUUGACCAAAAAACGGUCCGACAAAACGCUCAGCCGGACGUCGUCGCUCGACCUGAGCAGCCUGCAGUUCUCGAGCGUCAAGAACCACGAAAACACGGACGAAAAACAGUACAUUUCGCAGAUGAUCGAGCGGUCCAAAAAGUACCAGCUGCUGAACCGGAUCACGAUCGACCCGUUGCACCUGGUGCUCAGCAUCAAGGGUGAGGGCUCGACCAAGCUCGUGGACGUGCAUCUGCUAGAACUGUCGAUGCCCAAGGUGGAGUAUCUCAACAAGGUGUGGUCUCAGGAGGACUUUUUCCAGCACUUUAAGAAAGAGGUGAUCCGGCUGGUGUUGAAGAACUCCGGCAAGAUCGUGGCCAACAAGAUCACCAAGCGUGUUCGCACGGGCAAGUUGCACAACCUGCUCACGCACAACACAGACACCGACACGGGCCACCACGUUUCGCAGUCCAACGGCUCCCAGUCCAACACCGUGCAACAGGCACACUCGCACCUGCACCACCAGUCUGAGCACUUUGGCAAGUUUGCGGACCCGGACGUUUUGGAGCCCCACAUGCACACUCGAGCGUUGAUCGACCAGCAUCCGGACUCAGAGGUUCAGAAUUUCGAGCCCUUAGAAGAGAUCUCCGAGGAGUCCUCCUCCAGAUGA